UACUACCCAUAAUUCCUCUUGUGUAUUGCAGAAGUUGUGUGUAUUUGAGUGGCAGGUCGGUUUACAUGAAAGAGAAUCUCAAUGUAAUUUAAAAUGGCCUUGCACCGUUCCCCCCUUUCAGCGAGAAGGGGGUCGAAAAAUGAUUCUCAAAAAGAUGAUGACGAUUCGGAAAAUAACGGCUACGUGCAGGUGCUUGUGAAACCCUUGGAGCAAGGCAACUUGUCACUGAUACUGAACUGGCUAGGAAGAACAGCCAGUCAAAUUUCUUGUCAGCAUCAAGGUGCAGUAUAUGGAGUAAUUUUAGCAGUGUCUCUUGUGGUAUCUUAUCAGUUACUAAGAUGUGAUAUUGGAUCAGUAUUUCACCGACUAUGUGGGAUCCUUGUGCCAAUGUUUACGAUAGUCCAGAGCUUUUUCUGGCUGUCAAUAGGCCUGCGGAAAACAUGGAGCUGUACCAGCGUGUAUCUACUAUUUGCGUCAUGUUUUGUAGGGGAAACCAUAGCUCAAGUUUUAAUUCAGUCAUGGAGUGAGGGGGAUACCCUUUCCCCUGCAGCUGGGGUGGAGGGGGUGGGGAAUUACAGUCAAAUCACCCAACCCCUGGUGGUGUUUAUUGUUCUCUUUGCUGUAUGCUCAGCUAGUGUGUUUUCAACAUUAGAAACUCAACAUAGCGUUGUUGUCAUAUUCUUGGUCAGCUUCACUCGAUUUUUAGCAUGUUCUACUCUUGGGGACAUCCCCCAGAGUUUCAGACCAUAUUUGUCGUACUUGUGCGGGCUAACUGGAAUAUUCAUAUCAAAAUAUAUGGAAACUAUUUUCAAACCCCAAAUAAAUAAUUUUAUGACACAAGAUGGCAAAAUUCCAGCUUACAAAAGGCGAUCCAGUUCCAGCUCCCAGGGAGGGUUUCCUGCAGCAAGAGCUACGGCAAAUCACACGCGGGAUCGCAGAGUCUCCUUACCGGCUCUCGGAAAGUCACAGAUUGACUUUUUGCGCUAUCCAAAUAAGAGUUCCUCCAGUUUUGAGUCGGCUAUUCUUGGUGAGGCUCACGGACUGAUCACGGACAUGUUGGCGGACCAGUCCCUGCCCCUGAACAUCGUCAGUGGUCUCCGCACACUCAGUAAUCUCCUGAAACCCCCGGAGAGCCACUCCUCCUUCCACAAAACCAGAGUGAGUCCGCUGGUCUCACUGACGGAAUCUACCAACUAUGGUUCUGACACGGAGGAAAACCCGUACACCGGGGAACGACCUUCAACCAAGAAGUCCAGGCGGAGCCUACCCCCCAGUCUGAUCCGUAGGAUGUCCACCAGCACGUGGACUACCACCACCUCAGCUACGGGCAUGCCCACGUUAGAGCUAGAGCCAUGUAGGAUCCGCAGCUCCAGCUUCCGUCACAACCGGGAUGGAACACCGGGAUCCAGUCCCGUCGGGAGUCGCAGCAACUCCCCGUCUCCAAGCUCUCCAACUGUGGUCCUAUCAAUUCCCAAAUCCCGAUCCUUCUCACUGGUCACUCCCACUCCCAUCGGAGGAUCGCAUCCCAAGCGACCGACGAGGAAGAGUGUCACUUCUAACAUGGGGACUGAAGUAAGUGGCAUCUCCAAAUCAUCAGAUUACAAACAACUCAGUCCAUUGGUUAAAGAUGAACUGGAUUAUGCUCAGGAAAAGGGGGACAAAAGGUCCACUAAUUCGGCUUCAUUUCGCAGAAUUAAUAUGACUUCUGAUUACGAGAGUAAUGACUCCCCUAAUUCUAGUGACCAUAGUGAUAAUGUGACUGCUUAUGAUGAAGUGGCGGGGUCACCCCCUAAGAAGGUUAUUUAUAGCCAUGGGACUACGUCUAGUUCACAAAAGUCAUGGGUUAUACUCGACAGACGUCUGAAGGAAAAUGUGGACAUGGCGGAGGAUGCAGACGAAGAGGACGAGAGCGAACUAACGGCAGAGGAAGUGGACGGCAAAACUUCCGUCACGUCGCCCAACGCCAAUAGUGUCAAUCUUCCGUGGGAAAUCGAAAAUAUUGACGAUUGUGAACUUUUACAUAUACACAGACUUAAUGAAUGGGAUUACCCCAUUUUUGACUUAGCAAAUCAAUGUAGUGAUACUAUUCUUAGCAAGGUUGGGUAUAAAUUAUUUCUGGAGGUGGGAUUAUUUGAGACAUUCCGGAUUCCUGUAGCACCCUUUUUACAUUACUUCCAUGCAUUAGAAAAAGGAUAUCGAGAUAAACCAUAUCAUAAUCGAAUACAUGCCACAGAUGUGUUACACGGGGUGUUCUACCUCACCACCCAGCCCAUCCCGGGCUUCACCCAGGUCAACACCAGUACUAACAUGUUCUCACGCAACGGGUCAUCCAGCGAUUCAGGUACUUACUCAGAUGUAGAGAACGCAGAAAAGAGUCUGACAUACAGAGCCAACAGCUUCGCAUCGGAGGACUAUGGAAUCAUGGGAGGAAACUUCCCGGCACUGGAACUGAUGGCGCUAUAUACAGCGGCAGCCAUGCAUGACUUCGACCAUCCAGGUCGCACCAAUGCUUUCCUUGUGGCUACAAAUGCUAAAGAGGCGGUGCUAUACAAUGAUCGGUCAGUAUUGGAGAACCACCAUGCGGCCCAGGCGUGGUCCCUCUUUAUGAAGGAGCCUGUCCUCUACAACUUUUUGUGUGGACUGGAGGCCGCCGAAUUCAAGAGAUUCCGAUUCCUGGUCAUAGAAAAUAUCCUAGCCACUGAUCUCAAGAGGCAUUUUGAAAUUCUCGCGGAAUUUAAUGCCAAGGUAAAUGACGAGGAUGCUGUGGGAAUAGACUGGACAUCUGAAACUGACCGGCUACUGAUGAUGCAGAUGGUCAUCAAACUAGCAGACAUUAAUGGACCUGCCAAAAAACAUGACCUUCAUGUUCGAUGGACAGAAAGAAUCUCAGAAGAAUUCUAUGAACAGGGUGAUGAGGAGGCUAGAUUAGGUAUGCCCAUUUCUCCAUACAUGGAUCGGCGAAUUCCACAACUAGCCAAACUUCAGGAGACCUUCAUUAACCACCUGGUGGCGCCCCUGUGUAACGCCAUGGUAACGGCGGGAUUCCUGCCGGGGACGUGGGCAGACGACCAGGAGAUCAGUGACGAGGAAGUGGAAGACCAUUCUGACAUAGACCAGCUUGACCACACUGGUAAAGACUCAGAGGAGGAGACGGAAACUGACGGAGAAACGGGGCCCAUCUGUCACCAAAAAUGUAAAAAGAAACCGCGCAAAAUCAACUGUCUACUGACUAAAAACCUAAAGGAGAACCACGAGUACUGGGUGGCAAAGAUCCAGGAGGAGGAGAAACAGAAAGCUAACAAUGACUCAACCAAUGAAUUAUCUCAGGAAACACAAGAGGUGACUGAGAUGGAGUCGAUAAAAGAAGAAGUGGAAUCCCAGGCUUCUAAUAAUAGCACCCAACCCAGCACCCCAACCAAAGACUGUAGCCAAUCAGAAGCCACGUAACAGCCCCACCCAUCACUAGUUCUACAGGCUUGUUCAAAAGUGGUUCAGAUCUCAUGCCAUUAUCCAGAUAUCUAAAACUCUUGCCAUAGUAUGAUAUCUAUAGCAUGGAUCUAAAGUUGUCUCUGUGUGACACACCUUAAGUGAGCCCACGUUAAUCCUGUUUGUCGUUUAUUGUGCUGAUCAUAUUUCAGGCGUGAACUACAGCAUCACUCAAAAGUGGUGGAUGUGGAAUCAAAUUUCCACCACUUGUACAUGGAGGAAAUGUGGAGCUCUUCCAGAGAGUGGAGAUUUAAUCGUUAGUGGAUGUAGCCAAAGCAGCAAUUAGUGUCCAACAGGAAUUCAUAGUUAACUUCAUGUUUCACAUCAACACUACAGACCUGUUCUUUUCCCACUGUGUACUUAGAAUUUCCAAUUUUACUGUGUGAAGAACUGACUUCUUUUAGCGAUAUUGAUGCGGUUUUAUUUAUUAUUUUUAACAGCUGAAAUAUUUUACUACAAUAUAUAUUUUUCCUUUUUUAGACCAAAGUAUUUCUUUUAGCAAUUCCACUCAGUGCAAAGUGCAUAUUUAUUCUUGAGACAUUUUAUCUGAGGUAUUUACUUGCUGUUUAUAGUGUACUAGUCAAAGUCUUAGCUUCUAUGUACUUAUUAACAUCUCUACACAUGUGCUCUUUAACCAUGUGCAGGAGAUGUGGAAAAGUCCUCAACUAAUGCCAGCAGUUCAAUACUGACUUUUCUAGAAAUAGGCAGAUGUUUACUUAGAUAAUGUUUUUUAUAAAGAUUGGAAUGAGGGAAUUCUGUAGAGAGGAAUCAUCUCAAUAGAGAGAGUAGAUCUGAUGUGAUUUUUAUGUGUAUAAGUGCUAGAUCUUAUAGGAGGCAGCAGUUAAGUUGAGAUACUUCUGAGAUACAGAGAUCUGAGAUAUUGUCACAUGGAUCUGUUAUGUUGGAGUUGUACUGAGAUGAAUGAGACAAUAGAUCUGUUGAUGUACCACUGAAGUAGGAGGAGUUUGAUCUGUAAUGUAGUAUAUCAUUAUUUUGUGAUUCUGUUUGACGACUGUACAUUCCUUUUUCUGCGUACGACAUUGGACUGAUAAUGACAGGCUUUCACCUGUUACUGUCUUUCUUUUGACUCUUUUAUAAUCUGUGUGUAUAAAUAGGCCUAUAGUUACAGAGAGCUAACUCUGUCAUUAAGUAAUACAGUCUAAUACAAAAAUUUUGGAAAAGUAUUAAUAAAAUUUAAAACAAAGAAAUCAUAAAGAAUCCAACAUCUGCAGCUAUAUAUGUCAGUUUAAGAUGCUGAGAACGAAAUCUUACUACACCUCUGAUUGGAUGUCGUAUGACAGAUGCUUGUUUUCUAUAGCAAUAAGCCACUUCCUACGUAGGAUUAACUCUUGUCACAGUUGAAUUCCUAUCGUGGGAACACAACUGUGUUGUUAUUUAUAAGCUGUGAUACAUAAUGUCGUAGAGUCAAAUAAAAGUCUCUAUUUUUUUUUUCCCUUCAUUCUCCAUCCAUUUUCAUCUAGAACUCUGAUAUUAUUAUCAUACAAUGCCAAUAUAAUCUGUAUAACUGUAGUCGUUAGGUUAUUACAAUUGUGUGGUUGUACUUGUUUCUUGAUGUAUUAAAUACUUUGUUUUGAUGCUCUCCCUUCCCAGUUCUCAGUAAUAUUUACAUAUAUCUACAUGAUCUUCACUCAUAAAGCCUACAUCUCUCGGAAAACUGCUACAGUUAAUAGGCUUCGGUUAUAAUUCUCCCAUCAUUUUUCCGAGUUGAAGCCAUUUUUUGCUCUUAUUUAUUAUGUGGUGUAAUUUGAAUGACAAACUAUUGUAAGGCUUUUUUGUACAAUAUUGUUGGGCGCUUUCAGUUUUUAGACUGCUAUAAACCUUUUUUUUUUAAUUGAAACAAAAAUACUCAUAGACUAUUAUAUAUCGACUUACUAGAACUGAGGUUUAAAAAAUCCAGGUGUCUUUGUCCUUGACCUAGUUCCAAGGUCAGUGUCUGUUUUUUAAUCCAUUUAUGUAGGAAUUGUACAUAGCAACUUGUUAUUAAAGAAUGUACAUGAUAACCUAAUUUAAUGAUAGAUAGAUGUGUAUUGUUUUGUCUGUGUAUAUAUGUACGUGUUAUAUAUAGAUAUAUAAAAUCCAUUGUUAUUUUGUAACUCUAUAGGGGAAGAGUGGGCUGCCAAGUGCUAAUCUUUUCUCAUAUCAGGAAAAACAAACAUGCUGAACUGUUAACUGCAUUUGAAUUUUUUUUUCUCCUUUGGGAUAAAUUUUUUUUGCUGCAGUCCCUGCUUAUUUCCAUUCCAAAAUUUAUCACAUAAAAAAUUUAUUAUAAUUUGUUGCCAUUUUGGCAAUCUGCAGUGUUACUUCAGCCUCAGUCAGCCCACUACAAAGUCAUCUGUACGACUUUUUUGUUGCUCAGGUUCCAUUUUUAUUUUAAUUUAUAACCUCUGACCUCCAUUUGUUGACAUUGUUUCUAUAGCUUUGAGCUGACUCUGUUUAUUCUGCCACCAGGGGUCUCUCACUCCUGUCCCAAGCCAAUCAACUUUAAGUAAUGAGCUGCUGUACAACCAACAAAUUGCUCACAUCGUCCAUGUGUGUGAUUUGCUGAUCUGUAUACUACAUGACCUAAUUACUAUGUAGGUGACCUUGCAUGGUGAUUGGAGGUCAAAUGAAAUGUUUUGUUAAAUAUUAUAUCUAUCUUGUGACAAACUGUUACAGGAUUAUUUCCUGAACAAUAGCUGAUAAAAAAAAUAAAUGGUCAUAACUGCUA